AUGGCUACAGCAUUCGGUCAAUUGACUAAUGUUUUAGGACAACGUCAAUCACAUACUGCAAGUAAAGAAGAUGAUGACUGCGAUCUCUACGCCAAGCUUUUGGCUACAAAACUGCGAGAACUGUCUAAAGACGAACGUAAAUUAAUAAUGUAUGAAAUAGAUGCCAUUGAUUUGUUUUUGGAGAGUAUGGCGAUCACUAAUAAAACGAUGCUGACGUGGGUACAAAAUCGUAUUAAGAAAAAAAAAUUUCUCAUCGUUAGUGACGCCGAGGAAGAACUAGAAAAUUAUAGUACAUGCAUUACACCAGAAUCGAUAAACAAUACCUUGCCGGCAGUACCAGGAUCAUCACGUCCUGUCAAUGACGGAUACACUACGUCGGGAGAGACUGUGAACAACACCAUGCCGGCAGCAGCAGGAUCAUCACGUUCUACCAAUACGAUCUACCACGGAUACAGUAGGCCGGAAACAUUUGAGCCAUCGCCGUUACAUGAUUAUGAUAACUAUAUAUUUUCUUUAUUUUUCCCCGCUUUGUUUUGA